UCUUAUCCUACGGGUGCACUAGGCAGUGGGACUACCACUACCUUUUUAUCCGUGCCUAUAUAAAUAGGGUUGGUAGCGUCCAAAACGAGUCUUUGGUAGUUUGGUCACAAUUCACGUCAUGUAUUUCAACGCCGAACACGUCGCCCCCACGGCGGUCCUUAUCCUAAUCCUGUGCGUCUUAAGUACGGAUCAAACGCUGUUUUCCCGAAAAAAAUCAACUACUCCAGCUUCGCCUUUGGAUAAUGUUGCACUUCAAUCAGGGCCAGUUCCACAAAAAGAAACAUCACAUUGGUGGCAAUUGAAGCGUAAGCCGGCCGAAUCUAGUGAAAAUUCUGUACCAAAUCAAGUAGCUGUGGCAGUACCUGUACCAAUACAUCAAAAGUUGCAAUCUAUCUUUGAAACUCAUUUUAGCUCUGACGUGAAAUGGGUACCGUGCCUGUGUCCAGUACGUAAGGGUGAACAUUUACAACAGCAUCAACAACAACAACCACAACAACAGCAGCAGCCUCAACCACAACAACGACCACAACCACAACACCACCAACCACAACAAUCACAACAGCAAUACGGGCCUUCAACUCAGGCGCCAUCCGACCUCUCCAACAAUGACGUACCGCGUUUUAUUUUCUCAAACUACCCAAUUGAGAAUUGAGAAAAUAAUUUUCUUAUUGUAACUUGAUCAUUUAAUUUAUUUUAAUUGAAGCAUUAAAUUAUUUAUUUAUUCACUUUAA